AUGAACAAAUGCAUCCCAGCAACGGUAGAAACAGCCACAACAAUCGUUACACCUAUGCAACCCAUACCGGCGUUGAAUGCUGAAAUCAUUCAUUCCGUUCGCCAACAACAGGCCAGUCCUGGAACCGUAUACCACGCCCUUUAUGGACACUACUUUUUGGGUAUUUCCCAAAAGAAUUUGGCGAUCAUUUACGGAAAAAGCCUGUCCACUAUUUAUGGUUGGAUUCAAAAGUUUGAAAGCGAGGGACUUUACCGAAGGAAAAAACGAGCUCAGGUCUUCAAAAAGUUCCAGUCGGAAAUGCGACAAUGGUUGGUGGAGCUUUAUUGCAAGCAUCCUCUUUUAUUUUUGGACGAAGCCAAGGAGAUGUUCCAGGCACAUUUCCAGAUGACAAUAAGUACUUCAUCCGUCUGUACUAUUCUGCACGAGGCAGGCCUGUCGUGGAAAACCAUUGAGAGAAGUGCUAUUCAAAUUCGUAUGGAAGAAAUAGUGCGGUUUGUGAAUGAGCUCCUCGCCAUACCAUGGGAUAUUUUCAAUUUAGUUUUCCUCGAUGAGGUGAGUAUUGACAAUAGGGGCACGUUACGUCAGAAGGGAUAUGGUGUCGUAGGAAAAAAGUUAAUUUUCAGAGGAGAAUUUUGUCGCCGUGCUCGUUCAUCGUUCUUAUGUUUCCUUGGCGCUGAUGGAAUCCUGGAUAGUUUCUGGACUGAAGGCACUUUUAACAGGCUAAAGUUUUUCGAAUGCUGCCGAGAGUUUGCCUUGCGGAAUCCUAAGGUUCAAAGAUAUCCAGGAUUCCAUUCAGUAUGGAUCAUGGACGGUGCGAGGAUUCAUUGCGACGCUAAUCUCAUUCGCUAUCUUCGAUCCAUUGGGAUCAUACCCAUAUUCCUUCCGGCGUACUGCCCCUUUUUCAAUCCCAUCGAGGUGAUCUUUGGCCUCGUGAAAAAACGUCUUCAGAGAGUACACCGGGAAGGUGAACAAAUUCUGGCUGAAGUAUGUGAAGCUAUGAACUACUUCAAAGUUUAUACUUGCCAGAAACUGUUUGAACACUGUGGAUACUUCCCUGGAGGAUUUUUCAGCCCUGAGAAAGGCUUAACGCAAGAUCCAAAUGAGGUCGAUUUGAAUAUUGUUCCCAAUUAAUAUAAGAGCAAGUUUUGAAACGUUUACUGUUAACAAUAAUGAACUAUCUGAAACAAAUAAAUAAAACUCAUGAAGACCGUGAAACUAUUGCAAAUAAAACUUAUUUUAUUUAUUCAAAACCGUAAAAUCAAAACAAGAAAAACACUUUAAGAGUGAUCAACAUCGGGACAAUCAGUUACUUUCUCCGCCAACACUUGGCUCACUUCGGACUCUUCUGGUCGGAUUGCUGAUUGCACUGCGGUGAUAAAAUCUACAGCGGCUAAUCCUUUUGUUAUCAUUGCUUCGAGCUU